AUGUACCAUCACCAACAGAAUUCCGCUGUCGAUCGUGUUCGGCGAUGGCUCCAUGCACAGUACAAGUGGGCGAUGAGCCCCAGACGAGCCGCCCAACGUCAACACCAGGGAGUUUCAUCGCCCGAUGGCACGUCUGGACCCCAAGCAAGCGCCGCCGUCAGCAGUAAUAAGUCUCACGUCGACGAGUACUCACUACUCAGAGUGAAGGUCGGAAUCGACAAGGUUGUACGGUGUAUCCUGUCGACGGCAGCGUGGAUCGGCUACAUCCAUGUCGAUCUGCUGCCCAAUGGCGCCCAAUCAUUAACCCUAUCCUGA